GAAGGCCUUGAACCAGCACUACAAGGAUGCCUGAUAACGACGUUGACAUUUCUAAACUGACACCACAAGAACAGAAGCUUUAUAAGCUGUAUGGAAAACUCCCUUCAAGGACCGAAUUAAUCUCACACAAGCUACAGGAGCGCAAGUAUUUUGACAGCGGAGAUUAUGCCCUUAACCAAGCUGGUGUGAAGGACAUCAAUUCCAGAUUGAGCAAUAGACACCUGAACCCAGAGAUGAUAUCGAGGAUCAAUAGAAACUCUGUGAGUGGACAAGGCUCUGCUCCAAAGAGUUCGCUGGAGAACGAGGCGAAGCUGGAUGACAAGUGAAGUGUCAUACAUAUACGAUAUCAGAGGAGGGAAGACAAUAGGUAAAUUGGCACUGAAAUUGAAUAGUAGU